AUGUUCCAACGUAUACGAUGUCUUCUACCGAGGUUUAGACUUUAUUCCACUGUCGGUCAAGUUUCAGAGACUGUGCUACCCCAACUUCACCCAUUGUUAAUUCAACGUGCUGUUUUUCUACAAAAUGAACAUAAAGAAUUGUCGAAAAAGUUAGACUCGUAUGACCCAGAGCUUCAGAUCCAGUUUGAUAGGAUAUCUCAAAUCAUGGACAAGUAUGAAAAGUUUAUCUCACUCAGUGGUGAAAUCUCAGAACUUUCCAAAAUAAAAGACCACGAAUUAAUUGAGGAUGCCAAAGUGGAGAUACAAUCCUUAGUACCACAGUUGCAAGAGUUGUGUAAUGAAUUGAAAAAUAAAUUGUUGCCCCCAGUAAAAUACGCUGAAUGUAAAACAAUGGUUGAAUUGAGACCGGGGGUUGGAGGGAAUGAAGCUAGUUUAUUUACCGAGGAUCUAUUACAAAUGUAUGUCAAUUUUGCAAUGUUCAAAAAUUGGAAAUACAAGAUUGUAUCAACGGGGAAGACCUCUAGUGGAUUCAUCAAUGAAGCGAUAUUAUCCAUUGAUGAACCCGGGUCAUAUGACAUACUACGUCACGAAAGUGGUGUCCAUAGAGUGCAAAGAGUGCCAGAAACUGAAGCAAAGGGGCGGAUUCAUACAUCGACAGCAGCUGUGGUUAUUCUCCCUAAGUUAUCUGAUGGGAAUGAGCAAAGUUUACGUAACGAUGAACUCCAAUUCAAACCAGGAGAAGUGAGAAUCGAUACAAUGAGAGCAAGUGGUAAAGGAGGUCAACAUGUGAACACCACCGAUUCGGCAGUUCGAUUAGUGCAUAUUCCCACCGGAAUAAUAGUCACCCAACAAGAUGAAAGGUCACAGCCACAAAAUAAAGCUAAAGCGUUUGCUAUUUUGCGUAGUCGAUUAGCAGAACGUGAUCGUAUUGAAGAGUUGGAGAAGCAAAAGAAUCUUCGAACUUCGCAAGUAAAAACCACUGACCGAAGUGACAAGAUAAGAACUUACAACUACCCCCAGAACAGGAUCACUGACCAUAGAUGUGGCUAUAGUUUACACGAUAUUGACGGGUGUAUGAAGGGAGAAAAAUUGCAAGACAUUAUAAAUAAAGUGAAAGAAGUAGAGUAUAAGGAGAGGAUGGAUGAGAUGGUAAGUGCUCAAUCCACAGGUGAAACUGUUGAGGGUUAG